UCUUUGUGCUGCACACUAUAGACCCUGGCGUCUGCCAGGUUAUAAAAUGGGGGGUCGGCCCUGAGGCACCCACAGCCACCCGCCUGUCCUCCAACACAGCGUCAGGAACCAUGUCUCAGGCUGCUAAGGCCUCGACCACAGCGGCAGUGAACCCGGGGUCUGAUGGCAAGGGAAAGGGGGGCCCGACCACAGGGCCGGCCCCAGCCCCUGGCCCCACCCCAGUCCCAGCUUCUGUGCCCAGGCCCAGUGCCAAAGUAGGGGACCUGCCUCCUGGGAGCUACAGGCUGGUCGCCUUCGAGCAGGAAAACUUCCAGGGCCGUCGGGUUGAAUUCUCUGGGGAGUGCCUGAACCUGGGGGACCGUGGCUUUGACCGAGUGCGCAGUCUGAUAGUCAUCUCAGGACCCUGGGUGGCCUUUGAGCAAUCUGCCUUCCGUGGGGAGAUGUUUGUCCUGGAGAAGGGCGAGUACCCACGCUGGGACACCUGGACCAGCAGUUACCGCAGCGACCGGCUCAUGUCCUUCCGGCCCGUCAGGAUGGAUUCUCAAGAGCAUAAGAUCUGCCUGUUUGAAGGGGCCAACUUCAAGGGCAACACCAUGGAGAUUCAAGAGGAUGACGUGCCCAGCCUCUGGGUAUAUGGCUUCUGUGACCGUGUGGGCAGUGUGACCGUCUCUGGUGGCACAUGGGUGGGCUACCAGUACCCAGGCUACCGUGGCUACCAGUAUCUGCUGGAACCAGGCGACUUCAGACACUGGAAUGAGUGGGGUGCCUUCCAGCCGCAGAUGCAGGCCGUCCGUCGCCUGCGGGACCGCCAGUGGCAUCAUGAGGGCUGCUUCCCAGUGCUGACCGCUGAGCCCCCUAAAUGAGCCAAGCUGCCCCCCUCCCACCUGCAGCCCUCCCUGCCUCAGUGUCCCCUCGCCCCCUGCCAAUAAAAGUUCCCACAGCCGAAAUA